CUAAACAUUUGUUAGUUAGGAAAACAUUUCAAAAUUUAAUCCCGGAUUUUUCUUUGCAAAAAUUAUAUAAGUAGUUUGAUUUUUUAUUUGAUUACAAAUGUCUCGUCACAGAAAUAUCAGAACCUUGAAGCAAGAGGAUGAAUAUGAGUUUGAUGAUGAUAUGUAUGGAAGAUCGGUGGAAGAGACAGAAUAUGGAGUGUCGCCUGCUACCAUGGCCAUGUUUACGUACGACAGGAGCAAGGCCAAUCAAAUAUAUUUUUCAAAUCACGAGGAGCCAAUCAGAGAAGAGGAUUACCUCGGCGAUGGUGAUGAUGAUUAUCACUAUGAUGAUGCCAAUCAUGAUAAUGAUGACGAUUAUAUUGAUGAUAAAGAUGAAGAAACUGUUGAAAGCUUGACGUCGCACUUAUCAAUCGAAGACAAAGUAAAGUUAUCAACGUGUUUGGACGGUGUUAGAGGCGUUGUCGACGAAAUGAUUGGGGAGGUUGAGAUGGUCAGGGCAGCCCUGUCUGCCAACUACGACAUCAACAGAACUGUCAACUUCAUCAUGGACGGGACUCUUGAUACUGCAGAGAAAAAUAACUUGAAGAAUGAUGCUAUUAAUAUUACUGCUACUGCUGCUGCUGCUGCUGAUGCUAAACUCACCUCAGCUGAGUUCCAACCAAAACAACAACUACAAUCACAUCAACAAUUAUCACAGCAGCAACAGCCUACACCCCAGCAGAUGCAACAGCAGCAACAGCAACGGACUACCUGCCAACAAUCACAGCAACAACAAACGCCACAAUCAUCGCAUCCUAAAAGUGCUAAAACUGCAGCAAACACGACGACAACAACAGCAGCAGGUGCAUCAACGAAAGUUCCAACAUCAGUAAAGUCAGCAAACAAACCAGUUAGCGCCAGCAACAAAUACGACAGCAAACCAUUGAAACAUGAUCUCGACGACUUUGGUGCCGAGUUGGUAGGUGAAACUGCAGCAGCUGCAGCAACUUUUAACAUUGACGCGACGACACCGACGACACCCAUGGCGUCAACAAGGUUGCCAACAUCCGCUUCCACAUCUUCCUUCACUGCGGAAGGAUCUGGUCUGCCUAAAAGUGCUUCUAGGGCUCGCAUUGAUAGAUUGGACCCGAUGAAGGAAUUUGAGAAGAGGAAGCAGGCAGGCAAGGAUUAUCUCAACCUCGUUGUCAUUGGUCACGUAGAUGCAGGUAAGAGCACACUUAUGGGCCACGUUUUGUAUCAACUCGGAUUCGUCAGUAAGAAGGUUAUGCACAAGUAUGAGCAGGAAGCCAGGAAGAUAGGGAAGGGCUCAUUUGCAUAUGCCUGGGUCCUCGAUGAAACCGAGGAGGAGAGGUCACGCGGUGUGACCAUGGACGUUGCACAGACAACUUUUGAAACUAACACUAAAGUCAUCACGCUGAUCGAUGCCCCCGGCCACAAGGAUUUCAUCCCUAAUAUGAUCACUGGCGCUGCCCAGGCAGACGUGGCCAUCCUGGUGGUCAACUCAACACGCGGCGAGUUUGAGACAGGAUUUGAAAUGGGAGGUCAAACAAGAGAGCAUGCCAUGUUGGCCAGGUCAUUAGGAGUGACCCAGCUAGCUGUGGCUGUCAACAAGAUGGACACUGUUGAUUGGUCGCAAGCAAGGUUCACGGAAAUUGUUCAGAAAUUGGGUCAGUUCUUCAAGCAAAUAGGAUUCAAAGAUGUAGAUGUGACCUAUAUUCCUUGCAGUGGAUUGGCGGGAGAAAACUUGACCAAACCCUCAGAAGUGGAUAAGUUUAAGUGGUAUUCUGGACCUACGUUGGUGGAUCAGAUAGAUCAGUUCCGCCCACCAAUACGGCCUGCCCUUGAUAAGGAACUCCGCAUGUGCGUCAGUGAUGUCUUCAAAGGCAUGGGAGCAGGAUUCGCAGUGGGAGGAGUCAUCUAUGCAGGCAACGUCCAAUCAGGUGAAAGAGUCCUCGUUGCUCCAGCCAAUGAGGUCGCCACGGUCAAAAACAUAAUGGUAGAUGAUGCCCAGGUACCUAUAGCAUUCGCUGGAGACAGCUGUGUUGUCACUGUGACCGGGAUCGACAUGAACAAACUCGCAAUUGGAAGUAUAUUGUGUGAUCUGGGUCGACCGGUACAGCAAACGAGCUUGUUCCAAGCCCGUAUCGUCAUCUUCAACAUUGAUGUGCCUAUUAUGCAGGGUCACCAGGUGGUUCUGCAUUAUCAAUCGAUGACGGAGCAAGCCGUCGUCCUUCGACUCAUCUCUCAACUGCACAGAAACACCGGGGAAGUCAUCAAAAGAAAACCAAGAUGUCUGGUAAAGAACACAAGUGCAGUUGUCGAUAUAAAGGUUGACCGGCCUAUUUGCAUAGAACUCUAUUCAAAUUUUAAAGAAUUAGGUCGGUUCAUGUUGAGGAAAGGAGGUCACACCAUAGCUGCAGGCCUAGUUAUCGAGAUUUUCAAGGACAAGAUGGUAACGACGAAUGGGCAUAAUUUUGAUUGAUUGAUUGUAAAUUUUUUUGAUUCAUUCAUUCAUUAUUCUUUCGUUCAGUCAUUCAAUCGUUUAUUUCAUUCAUUCUAUUAUUAUUAUUAUUAUUAUUAUCUCUCUACCACUUUCUUAUUAUAGAGUUAUAGAGAAGGUUGUUGAUGACUUUAUUAAUUAUCUUGUUACUGCGUUAUUAAAACUUAUUUUUUGGUUCGUUCAUUCAUUCGUUCGUUCAUGUUCAUUCAUUCAUUCAUUCAUUUGUUUGUUCAUUCGUUCAUUCAUUCAUUCAUUCAUUCAUUCAUUCAUUCAUACUCACGAUCCCUGGUUUAAGUUUUCCGUUAUAUAUUAUCGUCAUAAUAAGUUACAGUAGAUUAGUUAAUUAAUUAAUUAAUGCCAUAAUUGAUUAAUUUAUUAAUUGAUAGUUUAUUUAUUUAAUUAUAAAAAUUGAUUAAUUAUUAUUCCAUGAAUAAAAUUAUGAGCGUAAAUAAUUUGCUACGGGUUCUCUUUUUUCUUAGGAUUAUAAAUCUUAUUAACAAUAACAGCUAGCAACAGCAUUCAUAAUAAUAAUAAUAACAAUACUACUAAUAAUAAACAACAAUAAUAAUAAUAAACAAUAAUAAUAAUAAUCGGUAAUAAUAAUUAAUUAUAACAGCAAUAACAUAACAGAACAUUAAUUAUUAGGUUACGGCGAAUUUUAUUAUAAAAACGCGUUAUUAAUUAGACUCGAUGAAUUGUGAAUUUACGGAUUCAAUGAAUGGAUGAGUGAAUGAAUGAAAGAAUGGAUAAAUUGAUUGGUAAAAUGGAUGAAUGAGUGAAUGAUUAAAUUAAAAAGUGAAUGAAUGAUUGAUUAAUGAAUGAAUGAAAAGAUGGAAGUUUAAACAGACAUUUUUUUUAAUACACUGAUUGAUGAAUGAAAAUACCGGAAAGAAGAAUUUAAUUCCGGAUUUGAUGAAUAAACGAACGAAUGGUUGAAAAAUGGAAAGAUUUAAAUAAAUGAAUAACGAAUGAAUGAGUGGAUGAAAGUUGUUGGC